CAGGAUGAUCGGCGCUGGUGUGUGCUGUUAGACGAGCAUGGCUACGUGUUCUACAGUAAUCAAAGGGACAUAUCAUAUGAAGACUACUUAGAGGAUCCAAUCCACAAAGGCAAGCAUAUCAGUCAAUGGUUCGGCGGAAUUAAUCGGGUCUCACAACGAGUGAUGUCAUUACUGGUGGAGAAACGUUUUUAUAUUAAAUUGAAGUACACCGAUCACCAAGCAUUGUGCAAGGAGAAGAAGGUCGUUGUGAUGUCUGGCAGCUCCUUACGGCCUUUCCACUCGAUCUAUCGCUGGCUGAUGUCAUCUAUUUAUCAGCUUCUUCUUCUGGCAAAGCAAUAUCCACUACUUCAUUUCUUCCAUUCUUUUGUUAAACCAGUUGAAUCCUACACUGCAAGUUUCCAUGAAGGAAGCGAUGGUUUUCCAUGCUCCAAGCAAUCCUAUUUCUACCUGUCGAAUAGCGUGCGAUGGAAGAUCCCGGCCACAGAGCACGAGUCUGGUGGAUAUGAAUCGAUCGGAUCGGCCAUGCACUUUGAAUUCCGCAAAAUGCUCAGUGUAAGUCGCAACUUAGACAUCCUAUUUGUAUGGAGAUCGUUUUGCCCGUGCUUGUGA